CCGCCGUCUGUGGCCCAGGCUAGUGCGGGGUGUGCGUCGGCAUCGCGGCCAGCGGAGGGAUUCUGGGUAACGGCCCCGGCCGGCUGGGGCGGCUGGCUCCGCGCAGCAGGUUCCGUUCACGCCAAGUCCGUUGGCAGUGGAGGUUCUAGGGCUGGGGGCCGCGGGACAUGGAGCAGCCGUGGCCACCGCCAGGACCUUGGAGCCUCCGUCGGGCCGAGGGUGAGGCUGAGGAAGAGAGUGACUUGGACGUGUCCCCCAGUUCUCCCCGCUGCCCGCAGCUGCCGGGCGGCGGCGCGCAGAUGUAUAGCCAUGGAAUUGAACUGGCUUGUCAAAAGCAGAAAGAGUUUGUGAAGAGCUCUGUGGCAUGCAAAUGGAAUCUCGCUGAAGCUCAGCAAAAACUUGGUAGCUUAGCCCUGCAUAACUCUGAGUCCUUGGAUCAGGAACAUGCCAAAGCACAAACAGCAGUAUCAGAGCUAAGGCAACGUGAAGAAGAAUGGCGGCAGAAAGAAGAAGCUCUAGUACAAAGAGAGAGAAUGUGUCUGUGGAACAUGGAUGCCAUUAGCAAGGAUGUUUUUAACAAGAGUUUUAUUAAUCAAGAUAAAAGAAAAGAAAUAGAAGAUGAAGAUAAAUCAAAAUCAUUUAUGCAGAAAUAUGAACAAAAAAUCAGACAUUUCGGUAUGUUGAGUCGAUGGGAUGAUAGUCAGAGAUUUUUAUCUGACCAUCCAUACCUUGUAUGUGAAGAGACUGCUAAAUAUCUUAUUUUAUGGUGUUUUCAUCUAGAAGCUGAGCAGAAAGGGGCUCUAAUGGAACAAAUAGCACAUCAGGCUGUUGUAAUGCAGUUUAUUAUGGAAAUGGCCAAAAACUGUAAUGUGGAUCCAAGAGGGUGUUUCCGCUUAUUUUUCCAGAAAGCCAAAGUGGAGGAAGAAGGUUAUUUUGAAGCAUUCAAAAAUGAACUUGAAGCUUUCAAGUCAAGAGUCCGACUUUAUUCUCAAUCACCAAGUUUUCAACCUAUGAUAGUUCAGAAUCAUGUUCCCCAUUCUAGUGUGGGAUCUAUAGGUUUGUUAGAAUCCUUACCACAGAAUCCAGAUUAUCUUCAGUAUUCUGUCAAUACAGCUCUUUGCAGUUUAAACUCAGUGGUACAUAAAGAAGAUGAUGAAUCCAAAAUGAUGGACACUGUAUGAUUUGGUUAAGACUGCUGAGGCCAAGUGCUAUUUUGUUACAAGAAAGGAAGAACUUGGCUAUUUUCUUGACACUUUUAUGGGUGCUGCACUUUAUUUUUGUUCAGUUUUGAUGGGAGGGGAAAAAAGAGUACUGAAACGUUUUGUAAAAUUUUUUUUAUGUGCUGCUAGGUUUUUUGUUUUGUUUUGUUUUGUUUUUGGAAGAGAGGAGUGGUACCGUAUGUUGUAGGAAGUCAAACUGGACUUUUUUUUUUUUUGGCUACUAAAUUUGCCUUUAAUCUUAUUGUUCUCAGUUUUGGAAUCAGAGUAUGAAAAUCUGCACAAAUGCAAUGUUUACAAGAACUGGUUGAUUCUAGGAGGCAUCUGCUACAGUCUUUUUUAUGUGGAUAUGUACAUGUCCUACUCUACAAAAAUGAUUAAAGAUAAAAAUGUACUUGUAUCCUACUGCAAAUUUCGCUGUCAGGUCUGGUGUUGCAUCAUAGUAAAAGCAAUAAAUCAGUA